CAGUUCAUACAACGGAAUCUGUGUGCACCUCGGGCAGAUCGCAUGAUGUGGCCAAUCGCUCAAGAUGCGCCGGCCGGGCUCUUCACUGCGUCAUUCGGCGAAGUUGACGCGGCUUGUGCUGUCGGGCCCUGAGGCGCACAGACCGCAAUGACGCAGAUCGGCAAUGCAAUUCUUCUUCAUGCCAAGUACGCGAGGCUUGCAUAGCCGGCUUGAGCGGCUUUAUCCUAGUCAAGUAGCGUACGCACAGAUUGCGGCACCGAUGCCUGCCACGACGGGCGGUAAACAGACUCGGGGCGAUAGUGCGAACAAUCAGCAGCAGUCUGCCGGCGUACGUCUCGCUGCAAGCAUCACCAAGACGGCAAUCAGUGGCGCGAUGGGUGACGCGAGAGGCCUGACGUCGGGUAUCACUGGCAUUGUAGCGGCUUCGCAGCAGCUUGCGUGAACGUACAGCAGUCUGAAUUGCACGCUACGGUGCGACAAGAUCGAGACCAUUGCAGGCGCAGGGAGAUGCACAGAGCAAAGGAUUGACAAGCUCAGGUGA